AUGGCGGCGGCCUGGCCGGAGCUGGAUGCUGCGGGCCGGGAGCGGCGGCGGGAGCUGAGCCUGCCCGGAGCUGCGGUAGCGGAGCGGGUGGCUGCGGAGGGGGGGCGGCUGCCGCCGGCUCUGCUGGCGCUGCCGCUGCUGCAGUCGCUGGAGCUGAGUGGGUGCCCGGAGCUGCGGGAGCUCGGCCCGGGGGUGGCCGCCGCCCUGCCUGCCCUACACACGCUGGUGCUGCGGGGAAACGCGCUGGGCCCCGCCGGGCUGGGUGCGGGGCUGGGCGGGCCGCUGCCGGCCCUCCGCCUCCUCGACCUCUCCGGGAACGGCCUGGAGGGGCUGCCCGCCGAGCUGGGAGGGGCGGAGGAGCCGGCGGCAGCCCCGGCUUCAGCCCCGGCCUUCCCGCAGCUGCGCAGCCUCAACCUCAGCGGCAACCGGCUGCGGGAGCUGGGACCGGGCUUGGCCCGCGCCGCCCCGCAGCUCCAGGCGCUGCUGCUCUCCGGGAACCGGCUGCGGGUAUUGCCCGGCCGGCUGCUGCCCCACGCCGCCGGCCCCAGCGGGACCUUCCCGCUCCUCAGCCGUCUGGAAGCUGCCGACAACGAGGUGGAGGAGCUGGGGGCUGACAUCGCCGCCCUGCCGGCACUCAAGAGCCUGGACGUGGCCAACAACCAGCUGAAGGAGCUGCCCGCGGCUCUGGCCGACUGCCCCCGUCUGAAGGAGACCAACUUCAGAGGCAACCAGCUGAAGGACAAGCGGCUGGAGAAGAUGGUGAAUGGGUGCCAGACAAAAGCCAUCCUGGAGUACCUGAGGGCGGGGGGCCGCGGGAAGGGGAAGGCUGAGAGCAGCAGAGAGGAGGCGAGGAAGAAGAAGAGGGAGAAGCAGCAGAAGAAGGACGGUGGGGAUGGGGAGCAGGACGAGCUGGAAGAGGCGAGCAAGCUGCUGGUGAAGGUUCUGCACAUCUCUGAGAACCCGGCACCCUUGGUGGUCAAAGUGAGCCAGGGUGUAAAGGAUGUGCGGCCAUUCAUUGUGUGCUGUGUGCUGAAGGGAGUGAAUUUACAGCCAGGAAACUCUCUGAAGAGGUUUCUGUCCACACAGACUAAACUGCAUGAAGACAUCUGUGAAAAGCGGACAGCAGCCACAAUUGCCACUCACGACUUGCAGCUGAUCAAAAGUCCUCUGAUCUACACUGUUCAGCCUCCAGAUGAACUGAAGAUAACACCCUUGGGUCGGAAGGAGAUCAAGGCAAAGGAUCUUCUCCGACAGCUGCACUCAGAAGCUGAGGAGCAGAGGAAACAGAAGAAGCGUCAGAAUGUGUCAGGGCUCCACAAGUAUCUCCAGUUACUGGAUGGCAAAGAUAACUACCCAUGUCUUGUGGAUGCUGAAGGCACUGUGAUUUCUUUCCCGCCAAUAACCAACAGUGAGAAAACAAAGAUCAGAAAAGAGACCUGUGAUCUAUUUCUGGAGGUGACAAGUGACACCAGUUUACAGAUAUGCAAAGAUGUCAUGGACACACUAAUUCUGAAAAUUGCAGAACUGAACAGAGUUACCUUGGAAAAUAAGGAGGUCUCAGGCUCAGAUAAUGAGUCAGAUGCUCUUCAUGGACCAGUGAAUUUGAACCCCAGCCAAAACAUACAUCCAGAGAAUCUUCCCUUGGUGGUGGAGCAGGUUCGAGUGGUGGACACAGACGGAAACUUGAAAGUACUUUAUCCUUCAAAAACUGACCUAACAACAGUCUCCUCUCUUCUGACUGUAUUACGUUAGCAGCUACCAAAGCUAAGAAAUUUACUCCACUUUCCUUUUUUCCCAUGUCCAACAAUGCAAUCUGUGCACAGUGAGCUGGUUAGUUUUUUGUUGUUUUCUUUUUUUUUAAAGAAAAGAUGCAGUGCAUCCUGCCUGGGUACCUAAAAGUUUGAUCAAGCUACAGCAAGGAGUGUUGCAUUCUUUCAGCCUUAAUAGAAAGUCAUCUGUAUUCUGACUGGGCAGAGAUAACAGCAUCUUCAAACAUGCACUUAAGGGCAGAGAUUGGAAGUCAGAGCACAUUAAUGUGUAAAAAAAAUAAUCAUUAUGAUGUCUUAGUGUUUACAAAAUGAGUGCAGUCAUGUUUUCUGCAAGAUCACUAUUUCUUCCUGGUCUGUUUCAGCUGGAUUAUUUUUUUUGGCAGCUAAACUGAGAAAUCCAGUAGGUGACAGCACUGAAACAAAGUCAAGUGCUGUGCACCAAUACAGAAGCCAGAAUGCAAAACUACUUUGCUAACAUCUCAUUCUGCACCAUUUUAUUUUUAUAUCUGGAAAAAUUCAGAAACUUUAAUAGCUGUCAGAACUUGAGGAGUGAGUUUUAAAGUGAUGGUUUCUGUGUUCAGACAUUAACACAGCUUCCUUUUUUUAAGUGAAAAUUGUGACUGCAGGGGCUUGUGUGUCCCAGUGCAUUUUACAGCCUUCAUCCAUCCUUAUGGAAUCACCACCUGUAGUGAGCUUGUGGUGUGCCUGUUGAGUUACUGUUGAUGGAACACAGAAUUUACUCUUGCUCAUGCAGUUUGGUUCUGUUCAGAGGGCUAAUGCUGCCUUUCACUGACACUACCAAAGCUCCCUGUCUCCCCAGAACAAAUCACUCUUGCCCAGAGUGACCCUUCUGGAGCUUUCUGCCACUCUUCCACAUGAAAUGUCAGAGACAUCUUCCAAAACACAGGUAGUUUGCAUGGCUCUGAUUUUUGCAGUCUGUGGGUGACUUUUACAUUGGGGCUACUACCUGUGUCAAUGCAGACCUCUUCAUAAGCUAGGGUGAUCUACAGAUCCACCUUUUUUUCUGGUUAAAAAUGAUACAGAACUCUUAACAGAACUUCCAGGUACUGUGUCAAAUACGUCCAUGUGUUGGGACCUGCACACUGAAUGGAAAAAUAAAACCUCUGUUGC